AUGGCACCUGUGGGCGCCAUGUUGGAGACCCCUGGUCUAGGGAGACUCAGCCACGGCAGCGAAAGACCUGUUGCCCCCGAGGAAGCCAGUCACCACCAGCUGGGGACGGACAGUGACAACCUCUGGUGGGAUGCCUUUGCGACAGAGUUCUUUGAAGACGAUGCGACCUUAACACUUUCCUUUUGUUUGGAAGAUGGACCAAAGCGAUACACAAUUGGAAGGACCCUCAUUCCGCGUUAUUUUAGCACUGUCUUUGAAGGAGGUGUGACAGACCUGUAUUACAUCCUCAAGCACUCAAAAGAAUCAUACCACAACUCCUCCAUCACAGUGGACUGUGAUCAAUGCACCAUGGUCACCCAACAUGGAAAACCUAUGUUUACAAAGGUGUGCACAGAAGGACGUCUUAUCUUGGAAUUUACUUUUGACGACCUGAUGAGAAUAAAGACAUGGCACUUUACGAUUAGACAAUACAGAGAGUUAGUCCCUCGCAGUAUUUUAGCCAUGCAUGCACAAGACCCCCAGGUCCUGGAGCAGCUGUCCAAAAAUAUCACGCGUAUGGGUCUGACUAACUUCACCCUCAACUACCUCAGGUUGUGUGUAAUAUUGGAGCCAAUGCAAGAGCUGAUGUCAAGACAUAAAACUUACAAUCUCAGUCCUCGGGAUUGUCUGAAAACUUGCUUGUUUCAAAAAUGGCAGCGCAUGGUGGCGCCUCCAGCAGAGCCUACAAGACAGCCGACAACCAAAAGGAGGAAAAGGAAAAAUUCAACCAGCAGCACUUCCAACAGCAGUGCCGGGAACAACGCAAACAGCACCGCUAGCAAGAAAAAAGCAGCUGCCGCAAACCUGAGUCUUUCAAGUCAGGAUGUGAUGGUGGUUGGAGAACCAACUCUGAUGGGAGGAGAAUUUGGCGACGAAGACGAACGGCUGAUCACCAGGCUAGAGAACACACAGUACGAUGCAGCAAAUGGCAUGGAUGAUGAUGAAGAUUUCAACAGCUCGCCUGCUCUGGGGAACAACAGUCCAUGGAACAGUAAACCUCCAGCAAACCAGGAGGCCAAGUCUGAAAACCCGACACCGCAGGCUUCCCAAUAAGUGACCUGAAGCUACGUCCACUAUUGCUUAUAAUAGCAGGUUGCAAAUAUUAUCCCACAGCGUUCUUUUUAAAAACAAAAACCUUCAAGCUUUCCGCAGAUACCAAACUUAUUUCCAAGGUCUUUCCUCCU